AUGCCGCAUUCGAUCCCCGUACCUGCCACGGGCUUCCAGGCCUUGAUCCUCUGUGGGCCUGGUGUCUCACUGAAUACCUUCACCUCGAAUCCGGAAGAGUACCCGAAAUGCCUCAUUCCUGUCGCCAAUCGCCCAAUGGUUUACUACCCGUUGGAUUUCUGCAAGCGAUCAGGAAUUACAGAUAUUACACUGAUCACUCCUCCUUCUGCUGUCGCUCCUCUCCAGGCCGCUCUACAACAGAACCCCUACCUCACGUCUCUCUCCUCGCCUUCCCCGACAGUCCUCGCCCCUAAGGACCUCCAACUUACGUCCGGAACUGCCGAAAUCCUCCGUCUGCCCGAGGUGCAAGCUUGCAUUAAAUCUGAUUUCCUCCUUCUCCCUUGCGACCUGAUCUGCGAAAUCCCCGGUGAAUCGCUGCUUGAGUCAUGGAUGGUCUGGGAGGGGCGCAAUGCCUUCGGUCCGAAUUCCUUGGGUCCCGGAGGCGAGCAUGGGGGCCCUCGGAGUGGUCUGAGCGUAUACUAUCAAACACAAGGCACGGAGGAGGAUGUCAAGGGCGGAGUUAGAGACUUUGUGGCUGUCGCGCCUCUCGAGCAGGAUGAGGUGCCCGCGAUUUCGCGAUACGAGCUUUCCAAGCUGGCUAUGUCGAUGCCCAUGGAUACCGUGAAGGAGAGGCUCGAAGAGGACAAGGGUUUCCUUGUUCGUCAUUCCUUGGUGGAGAAACACGCGCAGGUCAAGAUGCUUACCAGCUAUCGCGAUGCGCAUCUUUACGUGUUCCCCUACUGGGUCAAGGAAUUGGCCCUUCACCAGGACAAGCUACAAUCCGUCAGUGAAGAUCUCAUUGGCUACUGGGCCAAGUCCAGGUGGCAGCGCGGGCUGGCGGAGAAGCUCGGAAUUAAUCACAUUCUGGGAGGCCGGCAGAGUGAGAAUGUUGAUGACAACGGGAGCGUUAACGGCCAGGUUUUGGAGGAGGAAGAUAUUGAUCUCCGGGGAAUGAGCACCACCACGCAUGCCUCAUCGGCACACAAGGACACGGAACAGCGCACGAACAACCCUGAGUCGGAUUCCACGGCUGGUGCCCAAGAGACGGUCGAAGUCCCCCCUAUUCUCGCGUAUAUGCAGAAGGAAUCCACGCCAUUCGUUCGCCGUGUUGACAGCUCCCGUGUCCUUCUGGCAACGUCCCUCCGUCUCGCCAAACUAGAAUCCAUCGAGGAGGUUGGCCGUACUGACGCCUCUCCCUUCGCACACAACCAGAAGAUCGCCUCCCCGGAAGGUGUCGCUCAGCGCUGUGUGGUUACUAAGGCCGACUGCCUACUCGCUCCUAACGUGACCGUUGAAGAAAAGUGUGUCAUCAAGGAGUCUUGCAUCGGCACUAACACGAAAAUCUGCAGCGGCGCUCGUCUCACCCGAUGCGUCGUCCUCGACAACGCGGUGAUCGGCGAGCGCUGUGUGUUGACCGGCUGUAUCAUUGGGAAACGCAGCAAGGUUGGACGCGAAUCCGUGCUUAAGGACUGCGAGGUCCAGGAUGGUAAUAUUGUCCUAGACGACACAGACGCCAAGAAUGAACAGUUCAUGAUCUUUGAGGGACUGGAUGAGAAUGAGGAUAGUAUAGAUGUUUCUGAGGAGGACAACUUCUGA